AUGGCUCCUUCAUUACGGGACUACAACUCCUGGCACAACAGACCCUCCACCCGCGACAAAGAGCGACCAUCGUCAACUCGCGAACAUGGCGAUCACUCACUCAUGAUACCCAGCCGAACUUCCUCCCUCCAUUCAAGGAUUACGCAGCCCAUCCCUUCAACCUUCAGCAUCAAGCCAAAUCAGAGGACGCCGAAGACCCUCACACAUGCCUACAUGGUAUGCGGUGUACACAGGGAACCAUCGCAAUGGGUGAAGGCACCUGCGCCUGCUCAAGGAAAGAUUGGACACAUGAAGGGAGCUGUCGGCCAAUUCUGGCUGCCGGAAAUCUUAGGCAGCAGUCCACGAAUGGAGCAAGAUAACGACAUUGCGCGAUCGCUAUAUGCAGCCAUGAGGGCAUGCUUCCCUCACGAUAUCGAGAUCGUUGUGGGACGAAAUGCGCCUCACUGCGUUCACCACUCAUUCGUCCUUCAGCAAGACUCCUCUCACACGUUGUACGGUAUCGCAUUGAAGGUGUGGUCAAAAGCAGAUGAACGGCGUGCCGAGACUAUCCGCGACCUACGAAGGCGGACAGAAUCAGAUUACUACGAGGGCACUGAUGAAGCCUAUUGGAUACCUUAUUGCUUGAGCUUCCUUUCACGAUACCCACUUUACGACCUACUUGGAGAUUACCUACGAGGCAUGUGGAUUCAUUGGAACAAAGCUACCAAUCUGUUUCAUGCGGAGGAGGUGUCUCGCAUCCUAAGCUUCCCAGCGCCCAGACUAAAUGAUCUGGUGAGAAUCGACAUGAAGGACUAUGCUUUGUGUUAUCAAUUUCCUUCUUCGCCUACUGGCUUUCAGAACUUCUCAAUGUGGCCACUGUUCACCUGCUUGUCAAUACCCAACAUCGUUGGCGUCAUUGAAGCCGCUGUCUCCGCAACGAGGAGGAUUAUCUUCGUCAGUCAUUAUCCCGCGAUGCUAACCAUCGCGACCGAAAGUGUAAGGCAAUGCAUCCGGGUUUACGAGUGGAGCGGUCUUUAUGUGCCCGUGGUGCACGCUCGUCAUGUGAAGGAGCUCGUACAAGAGCCUGGCCCUUAUAUGCUCGGAAUCACUGCGGAGUGUCGCACACUCUUUACAGCGCCUUCGGACGCUCUUGUGAUCGACCUUGACCGCAACUACGUCAUGACUUCUGCUCCUCCGACUGUCCUGACUUCUGGUCAACGUGCUAAGAUGAUUUCCCGUCUCACAAAUGCUUUGAGCGGAGACGUUGCCCCAGCCGGGGUACCUCAUCACUUACGAUCUGCUUACGCGGGCGGCAAACUCAUACCCGCUGGGCAGAUUAUUGUUAUGCGUGGAGAAGUCGAAACUGUUGAGAACCCUCCGUGGUGGAAUCAAGACUCAAUCAUGACCGUGAUGGAUCAUGUGUGUGAAAAAUUGGGUCGCAACACGGGCGUUAAAGCGAUAUUCGGUAGCUCUGUGAAGAAGCCUUUGAUGACUAAGGUCUCGAUGCGACACCUCAACGAAAUCGUCCGCGAGCGCAACCAAUACUCAAGAGAUGCGGUCGAGGCCUGGCAAGACUUCAUCAACCUGAAGAGUAGAAUGGACGGCGAACUCUCCAAAGUCACGAAACGUAAUAACUUCCUCAACGACGAGUUGGAAAGCUGGAAGCAGCAAUUCCUCAAAUUUCAAGCUUUCGCCGAGCAGCUUACCAAGGAGACUCAAGAUCUUAAAGUCAAGAUUGAAAAUCACAAGCGAGAGCAUCGUCGUCUUUCGACGCUCAUCGAACAACAAAAGGAUGACUCUACCAAACUCAGCACCAAAUUGUCAGGCACUGAGAAACAACGAGACGAUGCUUUGGAAGCUCUCGUGCUUCAGCAAGACAUCGCUGAAGAGCUAGAGAGGGAGCGCAAGCGAAACAAGAAGGAGCUUGGCACGCUGCAGCACACUAACACAAUGCUCAUGCGUCAACGCGACGAAUCACAACGGGUGGUAUUCCAUCUUCGCAGUCUGAUUGAUGGUCAAUCCCAUCACAUGGAGCACAUCAUUCGUGGCUUGAACAAACCGUCAGACUCCAAUGAGAUCGCCACCGAAGACUUUGCAGAUGCUCCUGAGGAGCAGGAAGAAACUGGCGCUUCCGCCACUUCUGCAGGUGCAAAAAGAAGUGAAUCUCGCCAGUCACUUAGCCGCGCCAGCAUGCGAAGCGACAAGAACACCUCGGAGAUGGAGUCUCGCUUCUUCUCCAGCAUCGUCGGCGCUAAGGCUGGGUCUCGUCUCAGCAUUGCUGAUAUCGCUGACAGGCAUUUGCGUGACAAGACUGAUGCAAUUGCGAAUAUUAUUCGCAAUAUAAGUGAGCAGUGCGCUCAGGCCGUUGAGGGCAUUCAACUCGCACAUGACGCCGACGCCGACGAUCAUGAGCAAAUUGACCCUGCGCUUCUUGACAAGUCGGGUCAUAGACAUAAAGACUCUGAGAGCAACGCUUCAGAUCAUACAGAUGCCUCACAGCUGGCAGCACGGCAUGAUAAUACUGACGCCGACUCCGGUGUCGGCGGCUCUACUGGUCACCUAACGCCGAACGGGGAGCGAGACAGGCGCCAAUCCGGCUCCUCUACUUUCCCACCAACCCCUGACCUCAUUGGCGGGCGGUCUAAUACCAGCAUGAGCGGCUAUAGUGUCAGCACGGCGAAUACACGAGACAGGGACAGCCACCAGUGGCAGGCUCAACACACAAAAGACAGCGUAAAGGUUGUCGGUGAUGACGAGCCGCAUGAUAGCGGUAUUGAAAAUGGUGUUAGCGAGGUCGUCGACCACAAGGCGAACAGCAUCGCGAGACCCGUGAACACUAGGGUCAUUGGUUAA